UCUAAACAUAAAAAUUUAAUAUUUUAUAAAAUUUCGGAAAAGUACUGAUGUCUGUAUAUUUACUUUCUCCUGCGUUUAAAAUACCAGAAAGUGUAACUGUACAGUUCGUGGCAAUUUUCCCAUCUCGUCUGGAAAAUUACAUAACCUAAAAAUUUUAUUCCCAUCGACAGUAAAGGUGCCGUUCUGAUAGUGGGUAAUAAUCUUUCCCACUUUCAAAGUGGUCGUCUUCCAGGGUAUAAGUAUAUAUACAUAUAUAUACAAAAAGAGAAUCGGAUGUAAUCGUGAAAUGUGAUGGAUGGACGGACAAUGGCGGCUGUUCUUCGAAUUGACAGCACGUUUAUUUAGAAAAACAUGAAAAAAUGUGAUCUUCAUGCCAUUUGGGAAUAACGUUAUAGUUGAGUGGAGGCGACAAUGAGUUUAAAUUAUCGGAAUUGAAUUGGAUGAAUGGAUUCGUUGGCAUAUGAAUUUCACGAAUGUUCAUUCGCAUGCCAAGUGAAUGAUCAAAAGCUCGGCAAGAAGGCAGGAGCGAGCGUGCUAGCACGCUUAAGUGAUGAGCGAUUCUCGGCAUCAUCUUCGGUCUGUCUCGGAUUUAUAUGCAGCCGAUGAAAUAGAGGUACUACUUUUAGAGGAAAUUCGCGAUUUGGAACCACCAAGUGCAUACUCACGACCCGAGGACAUUCAAGACUUCGAAAUUGCGGGGAGCAGAACGGGGGGGCGAAUCAGCUCCCAAUCGUCGGAGCUGGAUUCGCCGGGAAUUCAUUCAACGGUCCAUUCAUGGGACUCACAUGCCAAUUAUCAUUGUGGACAGGGAAGACAUGGAUCCUUAAAUGGAUUACAAUGGCCUCGAAGCAGUCAUGUUGUAUUGUACUGCGAUAUUCAGGGUCAUCUCAAGACAUCGACUGGUGUUAUUCGACUUUUGUUACUUAUAUCGUCGGCAGCUUGCUUAGUGACUCUCUGCAGUUCGGGAACUGCCAAGGUCAGCCUUUUUAUGCUGCCUCUAGUUGGACGAUUAAGAUUCAUGAUCUUCGUCGCCAUCUUCUGUCUACUAGUCACAUCUUUACUUCUCUUUCUCGAUAUUUCGCACAUCAUCUAUUUCUUCCCUCUCAAUUGGCCUAGAUUGAAUACGUGGAUGUUCACUGGUCUGGGAGUGUCAUAUGUGGUGAGCAGCGCACUAUUAGUGAGUUCAGUAUUAGAAUAUCAUGGCCAUGGAUGGAUUCCACGUCGUACUUGCCGUCAAUUGUCCGCCACCGCUGGAUUAAGUCUCUCUUGUGCUUUAUUAUCAUUUCUUCUCUCCUGGAUUCACGGUCAUGGACGUUCAACCUGUAAAGGUCAAUCCGGUCAUGAGGAUUCGGUCAAUCAACAAUAUAAACCUGUAGAUAAUUCCACAUCGUCAGGGGCAACUCUGAAGGAAAAGAGUCCCAACAGAUGGACAGGAAAGAGUCAACAAUCGAAAAAACGCGACGGUGACAAUACAAAUGGUAACAACAGUCAUCGUGGUAAUAGUUAUGAAAAUCGUUUUAAAACUGGAAAUAGAAAAGAUCAUUGGGCAUCGGCGAGGCAACAUUUUUUAAAUGACGACGAUGACAAUGACGAUGUACAAAUGAAGGAGGACAAUGAUACAGAAAGAAAGAGACGAAGAAAGAAACGUGAUGAAACAAGUAUAGGUGGUAAUGGAAGUUUAUCGGCAAGUAAAACUGGCACAAGUAUUAGCCUUGAGGAAUCAAAACCAAGGCGAGUACCACAAAAAUUGCCAUUAAAAAAUAUUGAUCGACCGCAAUCACGUUCGACACCAAAAAAUACCGCUUCAAAACAACAGCCAACAUCAAUUAUAAAACCAUCAAAAUCGCAAAGUAAUGAUAUUCAAGCAUAUUGGAGUAUGACGGAAACACGUCAAAUUGAAGUCACUGAAAAUGGUUUAAAUUGGGAGGCUGAACCACAAGCAAAAUCCGAUGCAAUUGAUAUAACGGAAGUUAAAACAUCAAUGUGGACUGAAAAAUGGCGACCACCACCAGAUGAUGUUCAACCAUGUUCUAGUAAAGCCAUCGAUCCCUAUACAUUUGCUUAAAAUCAUUCGAAUUUUUAAUAUAUAUAUAUAUAUAUAUAUAAAAUAUUUCACUGCUGUGAAAUUCUUUCCAAUUCAACGAAGCGGUCUUUUCAUGUACAGAAUCUAUAAAAAGUCACGAAAGUUAGUGUCUAAUGUGUGUGCUGAAAAAAAAAUAUAUAGGCGACAAUCAACAAACAAAAAUAGAGAAAAUGGCUAAAAACUCGAUGUGAAUAAAUUUUUCGAAAUAAAAUUCAAAUAAAAAAAAUAUUGUCAGUUUGCUGUGAAUUUUUUUUUUUUUUAAAUUAGAUUGUGUGUUAUUUGUGUGUGAAGAAACGAAAUUUUUUUUUAAUACGCCAUUUUCUUUACUUUAUCGUCAGAGAAUCUUUAAAUAUUCAAAAUAAAUAUUUUGAUUUGAGAUUCUGUGCAACCGCCGUUUAAGUACUUCCCAAAAUAAUAAUGAAGAUACUGUAUAAAGUAUAAUGCCUUGUACAUUUUUACUGCCAUUUUUUUGGAUGUGUUUCCGCAAAAAUUGCAGAUGGCACUUUAUUCGAAAAGAUAUUUAUUGUAUGUCGAAGAAAAAAAAAAAAAAUCGAAACGAAGUA